CGCGCAUGCGCAGUGCAUCCAGGGGCUCGGCGGCGUUCGGUGCUGAAGUGGGGCGGAUGGACGGAAAAACGGCGGCGAUGGACGUUCCGCGGCCGAAUCCACAUUAACGAUGCCCUCCGAGAGGCGUCGAGACACCGUGGCGUGCGCACCCACCACCCUGGGACACUGACAGUCUGACACAAAGCGAUGCUGUACUUUCAAGUCCACAAACGACCCAUUGGCUGAGAUUGGAGGAAGCCCAGAGGGCGAGAGAAGAAACCGAAGGCGCGGUUGUGAGCUGAGGGGGGAGAUUUCCACGAGCGUCUCUGGUCAGGGAUGGUGAAAGCACUAAGCGCUGCUGCCGUUGGUAAAAAAGGACCACCUGGCCUUGCCCCGAGCCUCCCGCCAGCUACCGAGACAGUCCAUUAGCCGCUAUCGGCCCCUCCGCCGAGCGGCCCCGCUAUCGUCUGGCAACCGAUUACCUCACGCCAUGAACACUCUGUCUGACCUGCUUUCAACAACUAACUAAUUCAUGCCCCGGAGUGUGAGUGGAGUGGAGAUGAGAAAAAGGCAGGCGGCGCACAUCGAGGCCCCACCGCAGGUCCCCGGACAGCCCCGACCCAACACCUGCUGCCUCUGCUGGUGCGGCUGCUGCAAGUGUCUCUGGAGUGAAGACCGGAUGGAGAGAAGCGAACGCCAGACCUGCACCAGGAUGGACAGUAUUGAAGCUGCAGAAGAACACGUGUCCUGCCGCAGACACCCCAGCCUCGACGAGGUGCUGUCGUGGUCUCGGAGCUUUGAGAUGAUGCUGCGCUCGCUGGAGGGCAGGGAGAUCUUUCGGGAGUUCCUCAGGUCAGAGUACAGCGAGGACAACCUCCUCUUCUGGUUGGCCUGCGACGAGCUGAAGAAGGAGACGGAUCCCUCAGUGGUGGACGAGAAGGCCAGGAUCAUAUACGAAGACUACGUGUCCAUACUGUCGCCGAAAGAGGUGAGCCUGGACUCACGGGUACGCGAGGGCAUCAACCAGAGCCUGGCCGAGCCCAGCAGCCUGAUGUACGAGGAGGCACAGCUCCAAAUCUACACGCUGAUGCACCGGGACUCCUUCCCCCGCUUCCUCAACUCCAGCGUUUACAGAGACCUCCUCGCCAACAGGAGGCGCACCUGCCUGGACACCUAAAGACCCCGCCCGCACCCCACCUUACCCUCCAUCGCGACGACGACGACGUCGUCAACUAUGGUGCCACAAGUCCGGUUUGGAAAAACAAACUCUUUCUUGAUUGCAAAAAGACUGAAUGACAUCCCAGAUAGCUGGUUAUUGUUCUUAUUUAUAUUUUUAAGCAAUUUCUAGCCGGUGAUGUGAAUUUGCUGGUUGCUUUUAGGUCAAAUUUGACGAGGCCGCCUUCUCCGGCUGCUGAUUGUUUUCGCGAGCGCAGAUGUCUCGAUGGUCAUGUUAGACUGGACUCCUCAGGACCAGGAAGUAAGAGAGAACAUGAGAGAGAGAGAGAGAGAAUGGACCCGCCAACUAUUCCUGUACUGUAAUAAUGACACCUUACUUUUCAUUUCCCCCCCAUGUCAUUCUGAGCUAACGAAAGGAAGGCUAUCUCACGCCGAUGACUGCAACCGUGUAAUUUUUUUUUUCUGAAUUAGUUUUCCAGAAAGGGAAAGUAAGUAGUUUUAUUCAAGGGGAGGCGUCCACAUUGAAGCAGCACCCGUCCGCGUUUCCAUCUAUCCGUCCAUCCGAGCACUUUCCUUCUUUCGCGUGGGAGGAGUAAGGGCUAGACUUGUGGUUGGGCAGCUACAUGUAACUCAACAAUGCCUUCACACAUGUUUUGAGAAAAUAUUGGCUGCACAAGUGGCGCUGCUGUAGCCCCCCCCAUUCCCCCAUGGAAAACAACCACAGUUAAUCCCGCCCAUUCCUUUAUUUUUCCCCUCGUCCUGCUUCCCAUUCGUACCCUCAUAGCCUGACAAGCACAGGUCCAAAAUAAAUUAUAAUAAUAACACAGCAGUAGUCGUCUACAUUCAGGCACUGACGCGGUUAGGAUAACGGGCCCUUGGCCUUUUUCUGUGAGGUGAAGCGGGUGCCAAACAUGAUGUCAACUGCGCGGAGGAGAAGAGAACUCGUUUUAGCCAGCAAAUUGUCCGUUAGCGUCAAUGCUAACACUUCUCUGUGGGCGCUAGGCUAGAGCCGCUUGCUAAGUUAGCAUGCCUUUGCGCCACACAUUCUUUGGACUACUUUUCUAAAAAAAAGAAAAAAGAAAAAAAAUCAGACUUUAAAACGCAUGAUAGUGUCGCUUUAAAGAAUUUAGAGGACAAAAUGUAGGGCGGGGUCUUGCCAAAUGUCCCCAUAACUAAUUUUUUUCGGCCCGGCCGGUCUGUUGAUAUGCAGUAGAAAGUGCAUGACUGAAGUAUUAUGCUAUAUAUUUUUUUUUUGUUAGUUGUCGAAUUCACUCCGAUAAUACUACUGAUUGCUACAUAGAUGAAUGAUGUAUCUAUCAGAUCCUAAAGUGUUUUGCGGAAACUGUGCCACUACUUGUUGAUACAUGGGAGCACUCUGUAUCGCCACCUACAUAUCUAACUACCUGACGUUGACGUGCCAAGUUUUGGUCGAGAGCCAUUGUAAGAGCAGGCUAGCAAAAACAAAAAGUGCAAUCGGAUGUACUGUGGUUAGCCUAGUUAGCAACCGUGUCUCUUUAUUGUUAUGCUAGAUUUUAAACUGCCGAAAGGAGUCAAAAUUAGGGAUAGGCACGAAAUUUCCUUGAUAAAUUCCGAGGACAAUUUAUUAACUUUUUAAAAAAUAUUAGUCAUGAGACAGGAGAAUUUGAAUGUUCUGAACUCCUGCUUCCAUGACAGUGUCGUAUUGAGAAGCGUUCUGAGUGGUCGUAGCUGAUGUCACGUUGUUGUUGUUCACAUUCUUUACCUGGCAAAGUAGUUGCCAGCCAAUAUAAAGUACGUCUGCCGGACAUGAUUUUUCAAUUCCGCACCGACCCGACGCUCAACACGCGGGUCGUCAUGCCUAUCAAAACUACGUUUGCUAGUUGAUGAGUUGCAGUGGAACCUCCAAAAGUGGAACAGCUUGAAGUUCAACCACAUCCCCCAAUACAAAAACAAUCUGUGGAUAUGUUUUGGCAAUUGAUGUGAUUUUUUAAAAAUGCUGUUGACAGCCCACAAUGUUAAAUUUGAGCUGAUAAGUGUCCUUUGCUCUUUUUUUGAGCUUUUUCUUUUUGCCAGACCGAAUCAAUUGCAGCAAUACCUUUAAACUCGGUGACGGUAUCGCUCUGCAGAUAACUUCCUGCUUUGUCAGCCUUCAAAGGGUGAGUACAUUUACUUUAUUUUGGUUGUGGCUAAAGUCUCUUGUAUAACAGUUAAGGACUUUAAAUUGUUCCUUAAACCAUAGCCUGAAGGUUUUUGAACCUGGAAAAAAACAUUAUUUGCAAAAUUGCUUCGACAGAUUGGGUUCGAGUUUGGAGGUUCUGCUGUACAGUCAAAUGUAGUCAAUGUUAUCAAUCAGCGAAGUCAAUAGAAACAUUGUUUUUGAGAUUGAAAAAAGAAAAAAUCUUAACAAAAUAUAUAUAUAUAUUUUUUUUAAUCCAGAGUCAAAUGAAAACAAAGGCCUCCUUGUUUCCCACGAGUUCCUCUGAAGAACUAAAAACUAUUUAACAACACAUGCAGGCGGCCACAUUAUUAUCUCCUUCGCUGUGGAUGCAUGCGCCCAGUUGAAUCACAUCGGCAAUUAUUUUUUUUUUCCUGUUCUUAGGAAAAAAAUGAUUAAAGUUACGAGAAUGUUUCACACUGCUCAGAUAAAAACCUAAAAUAAACAUCAUGGUGCAAUUCAAAUCAAGUUUACAUUUCAAAAUAAACAAAAACAAUUUAUGCCCUUGGUGGUGCCGUGUUCAAAGCGUUUGGGAGACGAGCCGGAAGGUUCUAGACUUGGGAGAGUUGGACCGGGAGCACGGCGUGUUUGCCGUUUUCCCGCUCGGUGUCCAUUUCCCCUCCCCGUUUAAUUUAUUGUGACUUUCACGCGGCCAAGGUGCUUGUUUUGUGUUGAAUAACUGUGGAUUUUACAAGCAAUGAACAUGUGAAGCAAUGCGGUGGUGGCGGUGCUCAGCCAUUUCCACUUUAUUUGAUUUCUUUUUUUUUUUAAAGAGCUGAAGUGUCCUGAUGAGAAAGAGGAGGUUUGCGAAGCUUUGGCCUUACUGACACUUUUAUUAUGAUGAUGAUUAUCGUUUCUCCUUUGAUGAAAACAAACGAGCGUCUCCGUAGGCUUUUCACUACCUCUCAUGUCGGUUAAUUUAUUUCACAUCUAGUUGUCAGGUUUUUUUUUCUUUUUUUUUUCUUUUUCAGUUUGUUUCGUUAUUUUGUAGAUAUACUUGAAGCCUAACACUGUAAACUACAAAAUGUGCACAGACAAAAAUGUAUAAGAGUGGCGGCAUGCGGGCACGGGGGUGCAUUCGAGAGAGCUUAGCCUAGACAUGAUUUUUAUUGUUGUCUGAUUUCGUUUUGAUUUUCAACUAGAAUUUCUGCAUCUCGAUAAAUAAUUCAGGAAACCACUGUCUAAGGGCUAAUCCCAUUUUUGCCUAUGCAAAUGUAUUGCUGGGAAAGGGCGAGGUUUCACUCGCACCCGUUAAAAGAUGGACCAUGGUUUACAUUGCCCUUUGCUGAAAUCCUUCAAUCUCACUCAGCAAAAAUGUACGCUUAUUAUUUUUGUUUUUAGCUGUAAGUGUGUGUAUAUUUGUGUGUAUAUAUAGUAUAUAUAGUGUGUGUGUAUGUGUAUAUAUAUAUAUGUAUGUGUAUAUAUAUAUAUAUGUAUAUAUAUAUAUAUACACACACACUCAUACACAUAAAUAUCUAUAUAAAAAAGUAAUAUACAGAGAAAAUAGUAUAUGCCUUCGUGAUGAUACAAAAACAAAUAAAUGUUGUCUGACAUUAUGUGGCUGUGUGCUGGCAUCUUGCGAAGAAAAGUAGCUAGCUAUUGUGUACAAUUUUGUAAAAUGAAAACAAAAACAAAUGACUUUCUUAGUACCCAUCUCCAGCCCGUCCGUCUCUGUUCAGGCCUUUUUACAUCCACAAAAGGUUCGAAGGGCUGAAAUGUGUUAACAAGCUUGUAAAAUCGACUUCCUGUGAACUUUUGAUUUUGUCUGUGAAAAGGUGUUUCUUUCCUUUUUUACCUAAACUAAGAGCAUGUCGUCGAUUUCCAACCUUCAAACGUCACGUUUUUGUAGCCACAUCCUCGCCAACAAUCACUGUGUGGAUGACGUCAUCCAUGGGAAGUGGGCAUUUUUUUUCCCAUUUUUAUUCCAACAAAUUCCUAAAAUGCGUCAAUGUUCACAUAGCAAAUUUGAGACACUUUUUAAAAAUAUUUGCGUUGAGGUUCGAUUUUGGGCUUUACUCACGCCAGAGAUCUCUCCGGCAGGUUUUAUCGAUUAGCGCAAAAUCCGAUUCCUCAACAUCGGUAAACGGUGCCUCGUGUUUGUUUUCCCUAGAAAUCCUCAAAAUCCGUCACUUUUAUUUCUCGUGCUCCAGCUUCCUCUCUCUCUGACAUGCAAUACCACCAUUUGCUGGCAGAGCGGCGACACUCCUCCGCCGUUACAGUUUUGUCGUCCUCAACUGGCUGGUGUGGGACUAAUGGAUUUUAGGCGAUCACUUUUCUCUUUAUUGAUUUCGAUGCCUAAGCCUCAAGGUCAAGAGAUGAUGGAAAAAGCGCAGGCGGAAAUUGGGAAUUUCAACAUUUAGCUGAUGGGAAAAACGUUUUUUUCUAUUGAGCAUGCUUUUUUGCUAAAUAAAUGAAAUAAUUCAGUUAUUUGCUACAAACGAUACUGUAUGAGUAUGUAUUCAAGUACUGCAGUAUGCAGAAAAUUAAAAAAAAAAAACUCUUUUGAGGGGUUCGUAUUUUUUUCAAUGAAGCAUACUUGAUUCUUGAGUGUCACAUGAUAGUGCGAAGGUCAGCAGUUGGUCCGUUAGCAUGAGUUAGUCCACUGGUUGCGAGAUAAAUUCUACAAUCGGAAAACUCUUUAACGGCUCAGGACCGAUAAACACGAUUUCUUCAAAGUCAGACAACAAGCAGAAAAUAAGACCAACAACAACAAAACGAUUGCUCUUAUGUCUCACAUCACAAAACGACGACUCCCCCCCCCAACCGCAACUUUAAUAAAGUCGGUCCAACGGUGACUUUUGUUGGGAUUUCAGGAAGCGCAAGAGCUGCCAGUUAACGUUUGAUAGAACAACCGAGGGCCCGGAAAGAAUCCGAUUGACGGUCGAGCCUUGCCAAGCACUUGCUGUCCAAAGUGCCGUGAGAUGCAGGGAGGCCUCAAGUGUAGCGUCCGAACGUUGUCGCGGACCCGCCGUCUCAUCUCGCUAUGUACCUCGAGAAAGCAAAUGUGUGCAUUGUGACCGACUUUUGAUAAUGAAUGGUGUUGCUUUCUGCAAAUCUUUGCAUGACGGUUCAAAUCGGAUGUAACGAAACAACGGUACUUUUGCAUCUAAAUGUCCAUUUUAAAAUUGUUUUUUUCUAACUGGUGAAUUCCAACAAAAGAAAAAACGAUGUGCCAAACAUGUUCAUUAUCAUCCGGUUGGACUAUAAACCCGCUCCAAGUGUUCCCUUCAUUUCAAAAGUGUUUGUCAUUUCUCACAGUUGUCGUCUUUACCAACACGUAAAGAUUUUGUAAAGAGACGAUAAUGUCUAAUGUUGGUUGAUGACAGACAAAUAAGAGCUAUUAUGUCAGAACUGAAAUUGUAACUUUUGUCGCCCGCAAACAAAAAAGUUCACUUUUAUUAUUCUGUUGGUUUCUCUUAAAAAUGGGGCUUAUUUCUCAUUUCUCUGAGAGGCCUUGCGAUGAGUCUCGCCUGCUGUAUGAAAGCUGUGGUCCGUUUCGAUCUGCGGUUCUCGGUCUCUGUUUACACGGAAAACCACUCACCAUCUUUGCGUUAUGACAAAAGGCCAAUCUGUUGUAACUGCCCUUGAAUAUCUUGUCAUUUGCAUAGUGCUGCUAGAGAGUGUAACAACUUACAAUAAAUACUUAUUAGAGUUUUUU